GGCGCCCGGGAAGAGGUGGUAGUGAGGGGAACCAGGUCGUGGCUCUCCGGUUUCCGAGGUUUGAGGUUUGUCGGAGGAGGGAGAGGGCGGCGAGCGAGAAGAAUCCGCUGCAGCCGGUCCUCGGCGACUUUCCCGCUGACCUCCGCGCGACGUACCCGCCGCCGCUGUUGGUUGGAGCAUUUGACAUUGUGCAGCAAAGAAAUGGUUAUGGAGAAGCCCAGUCCGCUGCUUGUAGGGCGGGAGUUUGUGAGGCAGUAUUAUACUUUGCUGAAUAAAGCUCCAGAAUAUUUACACAGGUUUUAUGGCAGGAAUUCUUCUUAUGUUCAUGGUGGAGUAGAUGCUAGUGGAAAGCCCCAGGAGGCAGUUUAUGGCCAAAAUGAUAUACACCACAAAGUAUUAUCUCUGAGCUUCAGCGAAUGUCAUACUAAAAUUCGUCAUGUGGAUGCUCAUGCAACCUUGAGUGAUGGAGUGGUGGUCCAGGUCAUGGGUUUGCUGUCUAAUAGUGGACAGCCAGAGAGGAAGUUUAUGCAAACCUUUGUUCUGGCUCCUGAAGGAUCUGUUCCAAAUAAGUUUUAUGUUCACAAUGAUAUGUUUCGUUAUGAAGAUGAAGUAUUUGGUGAUUCUGAACCAGAACUUGAUGAAGAAUCAGAAGAUGAAGUAGAAGAGGAACAAGAAGAAAGGCAACCAUCUCCAGAACCUGUGCAAGAAAAUGCUAACAGUGGUUACUAUGAAGCUCACCCUGUGACUAAUGGCAUAGAGGAGCCAUUGGAAGAAUCCUCUCAUGAACCUGAACCUGAGCCAGAAUCUGAAACAAAGACUGAAGAGCAGAAACCGCAAGUGGAGGAGAAGAACUUGGAAGAGUUAGAGGAGAAGUCUACUUCUCCUCCUCCUGCCGAACCUGUUUCUCUGCCGCAGGAACCACCAAAGCCGAGAGUGGAAGCUAAACCAGAAGUUCAGUCUCAGCCACCUCGUGUGCGUGAACAGCGACCUAGAGAACGACCUGGUUUCCCUCCUAGAGGACCAAGACCAGGCAGAGGAGAUAUUGAACAGAAUGAAGCUGAUAACCGUAGAAUAAUUCGCUAUCCAGAUAGUCAUCAACUCUUUGUUGGUAACUUGCCACAUGAUAUUGAUGAAAAUGAACUGAAAGAGUUCUUCAUGAGUUUUGGAAACGUUGUGGAACUUCGCAUCAAUACCAAGGGUGUUGGGGGAAAGCUUCCAAAUUUUGGUUUUGUGGUUUUUGAUGACUCUGAACCAGUUCAGAGAAUCUUAAUUGCAAAACCAAUUAUGUUUUGAGGGGAAGUACGUUUAAACGUGGAAGAGAAAAAGACAAGAGCUGCCAGAGAGCGAGAAACUUGAGGUGGUGAUGAUCGCAGGGAUAUUAGGCACAAUGAUCGAGGUCCUGGUGGUCCCCGUGGAAUAGUGGGCGGUGGAAUGAUGCGGGACCGGGAUGGAAGAGGACCCCCUCCAAGAGGUGGCAUGGCACAGAAACUUGACUCUGGGAGAGGAACCGGGCAGAUGGAAGGCCGCUUCACAGGACAGCGUCGCUGAGUCUCCACUGUUGGCAAAGUCUUGGCAGUGGUACAUUAUUCAUCGUGUUUGCAUUCUUGUUAAUUUUUUUUGGCUUUGGAAUGUGACACAGCCUUUUUGAUCAUUUCUUUGAUGUGAAAAGCAUCUUUU